UAACCCAGGCUGUUGCAGAGGGUGCCUGGAGCUGACCAACCGCUCGGGCAGCGCCACCGCCACGAGAGCUCGGGACGCGGGGAAUAGCGGCAGGAAGAGGAAGAGGCACCAGUGGUCAUGGGGCUGGAGGCGGCGCGCGAGCUAGAGUGCGCGGCGCUGGGCGCGCUGCUUCGAGAGCCGCGGGAGGCGGAGCGCACGCUGCUGCUGGACUGCCGCCCCUUCCUGGCCUUCUGCCGGCGCCACGUGCGCACCGCGCGACCGGUGCCCUGGAAUGCGCUGCUGCGGCGCCGCGCCCGCGGCCCUCCUGCCGCUGCCCUCUCCUGCCUGCUGCCCGACCGCGCGCUGCGGGCGCGCCUGGACCGCGGGGAGCUAGCGUGGGCUGUGGUGCUGGACGAGGGCAGCCCCUCGGUGGCGGAGCUCCGGCCCGACAGCCCGGCCCACAUGCUGCUAACCGCGCUGCUGCACGAGACCCGCGCGGGGUCCACAGCCGUGUGCUUCCUGCGAGGAGGCUUCGACGGCUUCCAGGCCUGCUGUCCGGAUCUGUGUUCAGAGGCCCCCGCUCCUGCGCAGCCGCCAGUAGGGGACGAAACCAGUCGCUCAAACCCCAGGGCUCCCUUCUAUGACCAAGGUGGCCCUGUGGAGAUCUUGCCUUACCUAUUCCUGGGCAGCUGCAGCCACUCGUCAGACCUGCAGGGGUUGCAGGCCUGUGGCAUCACAGCCGUCCUCAACGUGUCCGCCAGCUGCCCCAACCACUUUGAGGGCCUUUUCCGCUACAAGAGUAUCCCUGUGGAGGACAACCACAUGGUGGAGAUCAGCGCCUGGUUCCAGGAGGCCAUAGGUUUCAUUGACUGGGUGAAGAACAGUGGAGGCCGGGUGCUGGUGCACUGCCAGGCGGGCAUCUCACGCUCCGCCACCAUCUGCCUGGCAUACCUCAUGCAGAGUCGCCGUGUGCGGCUAGACGAGGCCUUUGACUUCGUUAAGCAGCGCCGGGGGGUCAUCUCCCCCAACUUUAGUUUCAUGGGGCAGCUGCUGCAGUUUGAGACCCAGGUGCUGUGUCACUGAGGUGGCACCCCUCUGCCUGCCUGCCUUGCUGCUCUGGCUCUCCCUGGUUCCUGGGGGAGCUGACUGCGGACUGGUGGGCUCCCCUCUGAGCCAGUACAGACCCCUCACCUCUGGGAAGGCUGCUGCCUCCUCAGAGGUUGAGGAGCCCCCACAUGGGGGCUCUAGGAAUGCUGGCAUGCUGGCCUUUUCAACCUGGUGCUCUUCUGCUGGGGGAAUGAGGCUGGUCCUCAUUCGGGGGUUGGGAACUGAGGUUGUGUCUGCUCUCUCCCACCCCAUCUUCUGGCAGAAAACAACCGCACUCUACGCUGUGGACUCUCCCUAGUCCACCACUAUGUUGAAGCCCUUGGGAGCCUGAGAGCUCCAAGGAACAAGCUGUGACAACCAGGAGCCCUGUCUUGGGGGGUGGUCCGCCCGGGGCCUGGAGCCUAAGCCCUGUGUUCCUGGGGGAGCUGGGGACUUGGGAAGUGAUGAGUGUGUCAUGUUGCACGUGUCCUCUGUGAGCCUUCCGCACCUGUGCUGGUGCUGGAAAGUUAUUUGUGCUCUGCUGACAUUUAACACUCCCUCCCCCGCUUCCUCCUAGCUCUGUGGGCAGGGGUUGGAAACUUAGCACUUUAUAUUUAUACAGAACAUUGAGGAUGUGUCAAUAAAAUAUUGUUUUGUUUAAAAAAACAA